UUGUGCAGUCAUGGUAGCCCGAGUUAUUAUUAUUAUUAUUAUUAUUUUUUUUUUUUACCGGUAAACUACGGGGAGGGGGCCCAUCCUAUCACAGAAAUGGGACUGUGAGGAGUUGGUAGCCCGAGUUAUACUAGAACAAUUUAGUGGAGAAAUAAAAAUUAAAUGAUAAAAUGAGAAUGAAUUAUGAAUACUACGUAUUUUACUUGCGUAAUUACGUUAGUAUUAUUCUAUGCGUGUCAUUAAUCUUCAAUCUUAUACUUCUUUUUUUUUUUUCUCCCGCCUUUGGAGAGCUUCACUUUUUCGUUUUACGCCACACACUCUCUCUCUCCACCAUUGAAGCACACUCUAAAUUCUCCAUUAAAGCGACUUCUGAGCUUCAUUUUCUCCGUUGAAGCAGAUUCUGAGCUUUCAGUCCUCCAUUGAAGCAACUCCUGAGGACAUUUUUCUUUAUUGGGAUCCUUUAUUUCCCAUACAUUCCCCGACCAUUGAAGGAGGAUAAUCUCUGAUUUUCUAUUGUACUUGUAAUCUUAUCAAAAGUGGUGGUGUACCUUUGGUCUAGACAGAGAUGUUGCAGUGGAUGGGAGGAUCAAGACGGAAGGUUACAACUUCUAGGAAGUCAACACAAAAGAGGCAAAGACAAUACUUUGAGCAAAGGAAACGACAGCAGCAAGAGACUACAUAUAUAGAGAAUAAUGUUGAUAGUUUAGACACAUGUGAUCAUCAAAAGAGAAAUUGGUCACUGGAUAUAUUGAGUCUUCACAAUGUUUCAAAAGUUACAGAAGAAUGCAAGCCCUUAUAUGGCACUGAGAAUUUGUCAAGUCUUACCAAAAAAGCCACCUGUGAAAGCUUUGCUGAAGAUGUGGAUUCAAGUCUCAUUGGGAAGUCUAGAGGCCAUGAGUUUCCAGCAAGCUAUCACAUUUCCAUGAGUUCUCCAAUGAUGAAGUCCAGAGAACUCACUGCUAUGGAGUGCACUCUGCCUACUGGAACAAGGGUCCCCUCUUCAAAUCAAAUGGAAAGAGUGUCCUCAAAAAGCGCUAGGGAAAACAGUACUUCAAAUGUCCAAAAGGUUGAGUCAGAAUAUGUGAAAAGUGCCUCAUCAAUUCAACCAUCCAUUUUUGAUAUUAUUGGCGAUGAUGGAGCAGUUGGCAUUUCAGAAGGAGAACCUGCACAGGAAGCUCAUGUUGCUUUCUCCAUUGAAGGUUUAGGUAAAGUGGGAACAGAAACACCUUUGCAGUCGCCACAUCGUCCUGGAAGUAAAGUGAAUGAUGAACAGACCACAUUUACCAAGGCUGCUAAAAAUAUCUACUCAUGCAAAAACUUCAAUAUGGUGCUGGAUAACCUUGAUAUGGAAGUGGAUGUUGAAAAACCAUCUUGUCACAAACGCUUAUUUGGAGAUGAACUGUAUCCAAUUGACAGUCUUGAGCAUGAACUAUCAACAUUCAAAAAUGGCAUGCAACUUGAUGGCAGGCAAUGCAAGAUAAACUCCUUCUAUGAUGAAGAUAGACAUGAUAUUUUCUGGAAUGAUAGCUCUCCCUGCUUGGACGGCUAUAAUAAGAUUGAUGAGAUAUGUGGAGUGAACUGGAAGAACUAUGAUACUAAUCAUGCAACUAAUAACACCUUCACCUGGAGAAAUGAUUUAUCAGAUAUGAAAUUUGAAAGGUGUUAUUCACAAUCACCUCCGAGGUUCCAGGAGAAGAUACCUGAUAGAUCUGACUUUUUAGAUGGAGAUUGCUGUUUUCCAGCAUCUGAUGAACCCAAAUACUCUUCGUUUGUGUGCAAUUAUCAUCCACAAGGCCGCUUUUCUCCGUUGAAGAAAUUGAAAGAUAUGAAGGAUUGCCUGACCUCGUUUAGUGGAGAAUCUUGCUCUUCCACUGCAGUGGGAGGUGAGAGCACUUCUGAUAUGCCAUCUGCAAGACACAUAAGAAGAUAUGGAAAGGAAUUAAAGGAUCUGGACAUGCCAUGUAAAUCGAACAACUUUAAUGAAGAUAUUUGGAACAUUAUGCCCACUACAAUGAGAGAAGGAAAGGAAUGCCACUCGUCAAGGAAACAGAUGAGAUCAGGUUCCUCGCACUUGAAGUCUGCCUUAUUUUCACGGUGUCCUGUCAAUGAACGUGAAGAUAAUCCCUGUUUGAAGAAGAGUUCCCAUUGCCCAAAAUGAAAACAAAUCCUGGGUCUUUCUUCACAUCAUUUGAGAAAAACCAACAUCGGGCAGGAGAUUCCUUCAGUCUUGAUGAAGGAGUUGAAUUUCAU